AUGGUUAAGGACGAUCAGACAGUCAUCGAGGAGUUCAAUGACAUCGUCAAUAUGUCGGCUUCGGAACCUGAAACCUGGCUUAAGGAGGAGUCUUCUGAGAGCGCAGGCUGGAAUAAAGAUGAUGGAUCCGGCGAGACAAUCGGACACGAGAGGAAGGGUUUCUCCGGGCGGAAGAUCAUCGAGAUCCUAACGAAGAAUCCCAAGAAGGACGCAACCAAGUACGACGACGACGACAUCGCGCACAUGCGGCGCGUCGUCGCUUACUGCAAGCGUCACUUGGCGCAGGAGGAGAAGGCGAAGCAGGACCCCGAGAGUAAGAGCGCGCGCUCGCUGAAGAACUGGGGCCACGAUCCGCAGAAGGCAUAA